UUAGUUUGUAAUCCAUUAUUUUGAAUUUUGUAGACCGAAAAUUUAACAGCAAAAAUGAACCAGCAAGAUGCUCGUGUUCGAAACCUGAUUAAAAAUCUAAAUACAAGUCUGCAAAGUCUCCAUAGCAAAAACUCCCAACAAGAAUCUGAGGCCGAACGCCUGGAGGCGAACAUAACCACAAAGUUUAAGAGAUUCAAAAGCGAGCUUUCCCAACAAAAUAGCCGAGUCGAAAGCCUGGUAUUACAUCUAAAUACAAGCCUGCGAAGUCUCGAUAGCAAAUAUUCCCAACAAGACUCUCAAGCUAAACGUUUACAGACAAGAUUAAGCGAGAAAAAUUCAGAGCAAGAUGCACGAGUUCAAAAUCUCGAGAGAAAUAUAAAUUUGAAGUGGCAAACUAUGGAGAGAAAGUUGAAAAAUAUUGAAAAAAAAAUGACAGUAACCUUGCGAACAUCAUGUAAAGACAUUCUGGCAGAAAAUAAAUUCACAGCCUCAGGAGUCUAUUGGAUUGAGCCUGUAGCGAAGAAACAACUUCAAGUGUACUGUGACAUGAGAACCGAUGGUGGAGGCUGGACCUUAGUUUAUAGCUACACAUUUACCAACUACACUAGUUUUCAAUCAAGGCAAAAUGCCAUAACCCCCCGUCCAAACUGGCCUGAGAAUAGUGCCAAUACUCCAAUCUCAACCACUCCUCCGCUGAGCGAGUCACCGCAUAGCCUCGGGGCCGUAGACUGGAGACUUUGGAAGAAAAUUGGUCGAGAGAUAAUGAUUAAGUCAAAUAUCAAUGAUUGGAUUGUAUGCGAACCAUAUGGUGGGAGUAUAGUCAUAAAGAAAGAAGGUUCGAUCAGAUGCCAGAAUAUUAAAAAUGUGGCCACCGCCUGUCGUGGUUAUGUUCCAAAUAAAAUUCUCUGGCGCCCUGAAGGGCCGGCUCUCCUCACUUCCUCUUCAUACUAUUAUUGUUUCGAUGGAGACACACGCAGAAACUGGCCAACACAUGACCCCUGCGGGCAAUCAGGCCCAAAACAAAAGCAAGGUGUCUCCAAUCCGGGUGGACAGAUAUAUAUUCGAUAGAAGCCCAACUUUCGAGUACCUACAGUCACUUGAUUUGUUUUUGCUGUAACACAUGCACUUGAUAGAACAGACAAAUAUAAUCGUGUCGUAUGGAUUAAAUAUUAUUAUAGGGAAAGUAACUUUAUUACAGAUUCGCUAUUU